AUGGCUACACUCGGUAUUGCUGUCUCGUUCCGGACUAUCGGAUUAUUGAUCGGCCCGAGUGGUCCUGGCUUUGUUUAUCCUGCACUUUCACCUAAUACGUCAUCCUCUCUUUCGCCCGAACUGCAAUUCGAGUCCGAGAUCAUCGCAGAGACACACAUGAAGCGGUCACGUUCUUGCUCCCCUGUCCUUGCUCCGAAGCGAUGUAAGCCUAUCCCUGCGAUCGCUUGCCUUACGUAUGACGCUCUCAAGGAGCAUGACCGAAACACACAGUCCCUCUCUCCUUUCACGCUGCUCGAUAUGGCUCCUGAGGAGAGAACUAUAUCCACUCUGCGUAGCGAGGCGAGCGGUAGGGAGCGAGAGGUGAAGGAGAAAGAAUACGAUAGCUUGAGACAUAUCGUAAUACCUCCUCCAUCUACACGCUCUUCACAACGGUCACGGUCAAGCAGCCCAUCCAGACCUAGCGAAGCGCAAUAUCGCGCCGGCCCUCUCCGGCGUGCAAACAUCUUUGUGGACGACGACAUACCUACGGAUGUCAGUCAUUAUGCAAACAACAGAGUUUUCAAUACGCUAGAUGAUCAUGGUAUUAAUCUAUACAAGGUCACUGAAAAGUUCUGGAGCGAAUCUAAAGAACUGGUCAAGAAAUCUGCAGGCAAAGUUGAAUGGCUAGCAGCCUUGUACACCGCAAUUGACGACUUGAGACCCCCAGCGCUGGAGAUUGCACGUAGCGGAGGCAGGUUGCCGUUUCCAUAG